AAGGUAAAAAAAAAAGUAAAAUUUGCCGAGCUGAGCAUCAACGCACGCCGCGUGGGGUAUUUUUCAACAAUUUUGUGCAAAUUUUAUUAUCUUAACUUAAAAUCGCAAAAUCAAAUGUGGUUCCAUUCAAUAAGAGCGUGAUUUGGAAACGAAUUUCUCAAUUAUGGCGGAAAUCCCGUCGGAAAAUCCAGUGGCGCCGCCGACCACUGAGGCUCCCGCUGCCCCAGCAUCGCCACUGCCGCCUGCUCUUGCGCCGCUUGCCCCUGCCCCUGCUCAACCUGCUGCUGCCGUUGUCACGACCAAUGCACCGGCCCCUUCGUCACCAGCCACGACGACCGCAGUGGCUGUUCCGGCCACGAGUGCCGUUGUUCCCGUCGUUCCGAUGCCAGUAGCCGUCGUCCCGACGCCGCCUCCUGUUCCAGCGGCUCCAUCCAUCGUCACCACCGUGCAGACCCCGAUUGCCGUAAUGCAGCCUACUCCGAUCGUUCCGCAGACUGUCGUACCUCAGACAGUCGUGACCAACGUUGUCCAGCAGCGGACCAUAAUGUCCAACAUUGUCCAGCAACAACCUGCGAUCUCCAAUGUAGUCAAACAACAACCUGUGAUGGCCAAUGUUGUCCAACAACAACCUCAACAGCAGCUCGCCAAAGCUGAUACAAAAACUCCAGCAGACAAAAAUGCUCUGCUUGCAGUUCUUCAACUGCUCAGAAAAUACAAUUUAAAAGGAACUGAGGAGAUUUUGAAAAAGGAGGCCAAUUUUUCUGACCUAGCAUCUCUAGAGGCUGCUGCCAUUCAUUCCGAGUCGGAGGUCAGCAGCGUUUUGUCUGCCUACAAGAGUGAAGGAGACCCAGAAGCCUACGAAGGCGCUUACACUGAUCUCAAGAACUUUGUCGAAAGUGCUCUGGAUAUUUAUAAACAUGAGCUCGGCACUAUUUUGUAUCCAGUGUUUGUGCACAUGUACUUGGAGUUGGUCUGCAAUGGCCACGAGAGAAUCGCCAUCAAAUUUAUGCAGAGAUUUGCUCCGGACCAAGAGGACUACUACCAGGAUGAUUUGAAAAAAUUGGCACAAGUCACAAAGAGGGAUCACCUCAAGGAUAAUGAACUCACCGAAACUUUUAACUCGAACGAGUUUAUUAUAAGAAUGUCGAGAGACACUUUAUCGAUUUUGAAACGGCAUUUGAAGGAAAAGAAAAAGUCUGUUGUUCCAAACAUUGUCCAGGAGCAUCUUUAUUUUGAUAUGUACGAAGGAGUUGCCCGAAAUAAGCAGCAAAUUGAUGCCACUGCCGGAGCAAUGGUUGGGGAAGCCACUCGACAAGAUAACAAGGCUCGAGUUUAUUACGGCCUGUUGAAGGAACCAGACCUUCAAUUUGUACAGCAGGAGGAGGAAGAAGAACCAGACACAGGAGAAGGUGACAAGCCAAAGAAAAAGAAGCCGAAGAAGGACCCUAUUUUCAGCAAGAAAUCAAAGACUGACCCUAACGCGCCUGCCUUGGACAGAAUGCCCUUGCCUGAGUUGAAGGACUUUGACAAGCAGGAGAAAGUCCGCGCGCUCAGGGAAGCCUCAAAACGUGUCAACCUGGGCUUGGACACUCUUCCCUCAAUCUGCUGCUACACACUUCUCAACUCCUCUCACUCGGUAACAAGUGCUGAGAUAGCAGAGGACAGCAGCAUGUUGGCCGUCGGCUUCAGCAACUCAACGAUCAAAGUUUGGAGUAUCGUUCCGCAAAAACUUCGAGCAAUGAAAAGUGCCGAGAUGCUUUCGGACAUCGACAAAGAUGCUGAAGACGUUUUGGUUCGAAUGAUGGAUGAGCGGUCGGCCGAGACGUCCAAAAUGCUUUUCGGCCACCACGGGCCAAUCUACGGCUUGUCUUUCAGCCCUGACAGAAAUCUUUUACUUUCCUGCAGUGAAGACACAACAAUUCGGCUGUGGAGUUUGCAAGUGUGGACAUGUCUUGUUGUCUACAAGGGCCAUGGAUUUCCAGUGUGGAGUGUGAAAUUUUCACCUCACGGUUUCUACUUUGCCACAGCCUCUCACGACAAAACAGCCCGCCUCUGGUGCACGGAUAAUCCUCAGCCAUUGCGAAUGUUUGCUGGGCACUUUUCCGAUGUUGAUGUUGUGCAGUUCCAUCCCAACUCGAACUACAUUGCUACUGGUUCGAGUGACAGGUCGGUCCGUUUGUGGGACUGCGUCACUGGAAACCAUGUCAGACUGAUGACCGGCCACAAAGCUCCAAUCUACACCCUGUGUUUCUCAGUGGAAGGCCGAUUUUUGGCCUCGGCAGGCGCCGACAAGAAUGUUUUGCUCUGGGAUUUGGCGCACGGUCACCUCUUGGCUGAACUUUCCGGCCACACGGCACCCAUCCAUACAUUGGCCUUCUCAAGAUGCGGCAACAUUCUCACCUCAGGCUCUCUUGAUUGCACAGUCAAACUGUGGGACUUCCAGAAACUGGCAAAGGAAAUCGCGCUUGAGGAUGUCAAUGUGACGCACAAUCCUGACAUCAAGCGGGGCGACAAUCAAGGUGGCUACAUGCUUCGAAGCUACGGCACCAAAAGCACGCCUCUGCUCAAUCUGCACUACACCAGAAGAAACGUUCUGCUUGCAGUCGGUGUGUUCGAGUCAAACAGUUAAAGGUAGAAAGAGACGCCAGAGUAUAUGUUUGUGAAAGUCCUCUUGUUGAAAGAAAAAUUUCAGCAUGGUGCAUUUUUAAUGUGUAAAGUCAAAGUUAAAAGUAUGUGAAACAUCCAAUU